GGCGACGCGCAACAGUCGCGGCGCACUUCGGGGGGGUGGGGGGGGAGAGAAAAUACACAAAAAGAGAAAGACUGCGGAGAAAGAAAGACAACGCCGACAAAAAAAGGAAGAGACACUCCCAAAAGGCUCAGCGGCCGCCGAGCAGACUCGAGCAUGGAGCGUCCGUGUGGGUUGUCGCUGCUGCUGCUGGUGGCGUUCGUCGCCAUCCCGGCGUUGGGGUCCGACUGCGCCGUCUGCAAAAAGCUCAGCAACGGGAGGCUGCUGGACUGCCUGGAGGUCUGCAAGUCGGCGAGCCAGACGGCGCGUCCGGAUGCGGCCGCGUCGGUCCUGAACAUCAGCGAGGAAAACCAACUCCUCGCCCGCCUGGUCAGGGUCAACACGUCCCAGACGGCGGGCAGAGCCAAAGCCGAAAAGCGCCGCUCCUACCUGAUGGAGCAUUUCCGCUGGAGUAAACCCAACAGGAACAAGACCCAAGAACCCAAAGGCGGGUCUCACAACGCCAAGCGGGGCUAUUCCAUGGAGCACUUUCGCUGGGGUAAACCCCCCAGGAACGUGACCCCCGGAAGCAGAGGUUCCAAGAGAAGCCCCUACGCGAUGGAACACUUCCGGUGGGGGAAGCCCUCCGGCGGCAAACGCAAACCGGUCAAGAUCUUUUCCUUCCCGAUGGACGGCGGCGGUUCCCCGGGGGUUAUUUUCCACCCUCAGCCUCGCAGGCAUCUGACAAGCAAGGAGGACGCCAAUCUGAUCCAGCCCACGAAGACCCGCCUACAGAGGGGGGGUCCACAGACGGGCCACGUGGAUGCCAAGAACCCUCCGGGAACGCUGGUCGCCAUCGUCAAGGAAAUUCUGCUGACAGGUGCGCAAAGGAUAAUGGCCUGCGUUUCAGGUCCGGAGGCUUGACCCUUGCUUGGUGGCCAUCAAUCGCGAUCUGGUUUUCGUCAUCGGCAUGUUCAAAGACGGUAAAGCUCAAGUAUGUCAGAGUGCUGUUACUUUUAUUUUUGUUGUUGCUGUAAAUCUCCUGAAUCGCGGAACCUGUCAAUCUUCUGUUCACAACGAAAACACACGACAACGUACAGUACGCGUUGGGCGCAGGGCGAGAAGUGGAACCCUUUGUGGGAAACGAGGACGGUGCAGUUAUGUUCCUGGCUUUCGCGCAAAAAAUGUCACAGCGACUUCUGCGUUUCAACUUUUUAAUCGCAGGCGCAUUAGAUGGAGCCAAACGCGCAAAUUCUGUUGUCAGGGCGUCGAUAAGCGCAGAAAUUCACACUGUUCAAACUACAAUUGCCACAUUUAAUAAAAAUCUCUUUGUAUUUAGAUAAA